CCCCGGAAGACGUGUACGGAUUAAAUAGUCCUGGCAAACGUCCUUCUUGUGUGGAGAAAACCAGCGUUUUCUGUCCGCAUUUUAAUCCCACUCUGUGCCACAACUGCUUUCAGGGUCAACAUGUCGACUCAAAAGUCUUUCGCCAAAGGAAGUGCUGCACCUGGGCCGGUCCCCAAAGAUACCAUCAGACUUUACAGCAUGAGAUUCUGCCCUUUUGCCCAGCGAGCCAGAUUAGUGCUCAAUGCCAAAGGGAUAAAGCAUGAGAUAAUCAACAUACACCUGCAAGACAAGCCUGACUGGUUCUUUGAAAAGAAUCAUCUUGGUCUUGUCCCAACACUGGAGACGUCUGCUGGUGAGGUGGUAUACGAGUCUCCCAUCACCUGCGAGUACCUGGAUGAAGUGUACCCUGAGAAGAAGCUGCUUCCAUCCUCUCCUUUUGCUAAAGCUCAGCAGAAGAUGAUGCUGGAGUGUUUCUCCAAGAUUACACCGUACUUCUACAAGAUUCCAACAGGGAAAAAGAAUGGUGAAGAUGUCUCAGGACUUGAGGCUGAACUGAUUGAGAAGUUUGCCAAGUUAAAUGAGGAACUGGUAAGAAAGAAGACAAAGUUCUUUGGUGGCGAUUCAAUCACAAUGAUCGACUACAUGAUGUGGCCGUUUUUUGAGAGACUUGAGGUCGUUGACCUGAAACACUGCCUGGGCAACACACCUGAACUGAAAAAGUGGAUAGAGCGCAUGCUGGAGGACCCAGCUGUCAAAGCCAGCGGGCACAGCGUGGAGACCUACAAGGCCUUCUACAAGACUUACGCUGAUGGAAAACCAGAUUAUGACUAUCGUCUUUAGACAACGCUGACUUCAAAAUCCACCACCGUCCAUUUAUAAUCAUGUUGCGAGUCAGGUCCGUCCAACUUCAUGUUGUAAAAGCCAACUACUUCAGGGACGGAUCUGAAGUACAUAUCAGAGGUGUUUUUUUAUGUGAUGAAACUUUAUAAUAUCAGAUGGGAAAUAAAAUGCUAUAAUCUUCUGA